AAGGAUUAUUACAUGCUUUUGAGUGUGCAUUUUUUAGGCUGACUUUGUCCUUACAAUUUCUUGUGCUUGCUGACUUUAUUUCACAUUCACUUGUUUCAGGUAAUAGACUGGUUCUGUUACUAGAAACGACUAACGACUACAUUGAUUCUUUCUAUCCUUCACUUGUUCAUUCUUGUUACAACUACCUUUGCUUACGUGAGUAAUAUCAAGGCGAAUUACGACUCUCGUGCGUUUCGUUAUUUCUUUCAUCUUCAUCAAUCACAAAAAUGGGCGGCGGCAACAAAGGGAAAGGCAAGCGCGAAAGCGCUGUGUUUGAGGUCGACAAGUACCUCAAUCAGAUGGUCCAUGUGAAAUUUACUGGCGGAAGAGAAGGUACAACUACUUGUGAAGAUUAAGUAAAAGUAUUUGCUUUGCAAAAAUUAGAAGACGUGAAGGUGAAACUGAAAGAACAUGAAAAACUUUCUUCAUUCUGAGACAACUUCUAAGACAAAUCCCUCCCGUCAUCCUCCACCCAUCUACUGACCCUUCCACCCUCUUACAGUGCGCGGUCUCUUGAAAGGGUUCGAUCCGGUUGUGAACCUAGUCCUCGAUGAUGCUGAAGAAUUCAGAAGGGAUCCAACCGACCCAACCAAAACUUUGGAUAGCACUAGACCAUUAGGCCUGAUCGUUUGUCGUGGACCGUCAGUAACAUUGCUUACACCAGUACCGACACCAGUUUCACCCGAUGAAAUUGAAGCGGCGACCACUGCGAAAGCGUAGAACAAGCUAUAAUUAUUGUUGAUCAUGAGAAACCCUAAUCAAUAUCUUCAACGUCAACCCCUCCAACUCGUCGAAAGGCAUCUAUACCCGUGCGCCCCCACGGAGCGAUCACUGUAUUUCUGAACAAGUGAAAAUUUCCUUUUCCUAGAAACUCCAAAAUGCUUUCUUGGUGAUUGCAUGAAAAGCAAGAGCCAUGCUUCCAUUUGAAGUCUGGCACCCAUAGGC